AUGGCUGCAGCGGGGCCGGCGCAGCCCCCGGUGGCGUUCGAGGACGUGGCUCUGUAUUUCACCCGGGCGGAGUGGGCGCUGCUGUCCGAGUCAGAGAAGCAGCUGUACGGAGACCAGAUGCAGAAGAAUUACCGGGCCCUGGCUUCCCUGGACUGUCGGGCGCUGAGUGCGGGUCGCUUGUACCAGCAGCCCCCGGUGGCGUUCGAGGACGUGGCUCUGUAUUUCACCCGGGCGGAGUGGGCGCUGCUGUCCGAGUCAGAGAAGCAGCUGUACGGAGACCAGAUGCAGAAGAAUUACCGGGCCCUGGCUUCCCUGGGCUAUUCAGGUUCCAAACCAGACUUAAUCCAGCGGAUUGAGCUAGGGGAGGCAGAACUCUGGGUUCAGGAUACCGAGGACUCCAUGGAAAGCUCCAGGUCUGAAAGCCCCUCCUCAGCAGGGCGCACGGUCCAGGGAGGAAUGAGGAGACAGCUGGAAUGUGGGGAGAGUGCGGGAGGAAAGCAGGAUCCCACGGCCCAUGGGGGGAACCAUGGACAGGUUGGAGUUGGUCCCCAUGCCGAGUGUAGAAACAGAGUCAGCCAGAGACCGGACCUGGCUGCAGGGCAACCGUCCCACAGCUGCGUGGACUGCGGGAAGAGCUUCAGCAAUGCCUCGGCACUGGCCCAGCACCGGCGCACGCACAGCGGGGAGCGGCCGUACCGGUGCUCUGACUGCGGCAGGGGCUUCAUCCGAGCCUCGGCACUGAAUCAGCACUGGCGCACGCACACCGGGGAGCGGCCCUACUGCUGCGCCGACUGUGGCAAGGACUUCGCUCAACUCUCACACCUGACGGCCCAUCAGCACACGCACACCGGGGAGCAACGGUACCGCUGUGUUGACUGCGGCCAGAGCUUCUGCUGGGCCAAAUCGCUGCACCGGCACCGGCGCAUGCACGCCAAGGCGUGGCCCUACCGCUGCGUCGACUGCGGCAAGGACUUCGGUGAUGCCGCCUCGCUGCACCGCCACCGGCGCACACACACCGGGGAGCGGCCCUACCUCUGUGCCGACUGCGGCAAGAGCUUCGGCAGCACCUGGACGCUGACCCAACACCGGCGCACGCACACCGGGGAGCGGCCGUACUGCUGCGCCGACUGUGGUAAGGGCUUCAGCAAUGCCAGCACGCUGACCCACCAUCGGCGCACCCACACCGGGGAGCGGCCCUUCCAGUGCACGGACUGUGGCAAGAGCUUCAGCAACGCCAGUGCCCUGACCCAGCACUGGCAUACGCACACCGGGGAACGGCCGUACCGCUGUGCCGACUGCGGCAAGGGCUUCGGCAGCGCCAGCACGCUGACCAAGCACCAGCGCCCCCACACUGGGGCCCAGCCGUACCGCUGCUCCACCUGCGGCAAGGACUUCAGCCAACAGGCAAACCUCACCCGGCAUCUAGCCACGCACGCUAACGCCUCUCGACCGCCGCCAGGGCCUGAGGGGCUUCCAGGAGCCCAUGGGCUUGACACAGCAGCACCAGAUACAGGCCAGGCUGUGGUUCAGGCUCCAUGAUGGACGGAGAGUCCAAGUGGGGACAAAGAAGGGAAUUUGUCUGAGCACUGCAGGGAAAAGGGUGGACAGAUGGAUUGUGGAGAAGCUCACGAGCUUAUUGUGCUUUGAGUUCAAUUGAUCAUGGUCCAUUUCAUUCAUGUGACCCUCCUACUCCAUUUCACUGGGAUUGGGCCAGGACACCUCAUAGUCUGCCAAACACACACACUCCCUGUAGGCUGUGCGCAUGUACAGCCGCUCAGGAGAAAUUCAAAUGCUUCCCAGCUGAUAAACAGAGCGCUCACAGUUAGGUGGAGUGUUUCUAUUGGUGGUGCACAUUCACACAUGCCUCGGUGCACAUAAAAAAUUAUUCCACGCAAUGAUGGUAAAAAUCCUGCCCACCGAUGGAAAAGAUUAGAAGGAACAUUGACACAAACCCCUUCCUGUCUGGGACCCAGCCAGGAACUCCCCGCCACAACCAUUGGUUCCAGCCAGGACACUCCAGAAGUGGGAUUUGCCAUCCCGUCUUGGUGUGGAUUGGUCUGAGGGAUAGAGCAGGACAGCCUGCUCUGUGUGAUUGGAAGACGGCUCAGGAACUGUUCCGUGCUGCCUUUUUAAAAACGGAAAUGUGAUCAAUAA